AUGGCAGCUUUCAACCUCACCCCCUCUGACACAUCAACAUUCACCCUAACAGGCAUCCCUGGUCUGGAAGAUGCUCAUGUCUGGAUUUCCAUUCCAUUCACUACUUGCUACAUAAUCUGCCUCUUGGGAAAUGUCUCCAUUCCACUUGUUGUAUUCAAAGAGCAGACCCUGCACCAGCCGAUAUACCUGCUGCUCUGCAUGCUGGCGCUCACCGACAUCAGCAUGUCUACUUGCAUUGUGCCAAAAGCCCUGUGUAUAUUUUGGUUCAAUUUGAAAGGAAUCACUCUGAGCGGCUGUAUCACCCAAAUUACGUUCCUCACCACGGCGUCUGCAAUGCACUCAGCCGUCCUGGUGACAAUGGCCUUCGAUCGCCACGUUGCCAUUUGUAACCCUCUGAGAUACACCAGCAUCCUAACCCAACCACGGAUAGCUGUGCUAGGGCUGGUCAGUUUAAUAAGAGGGAUUGUCUGUGCGCUGCCCGUGCCCCCAAUGCUAAGCAGACUACAAAUAUGUGCCAACCGCAUCAUCCCUCAUACAUAUUGUGAGGGUAUCGCUCUGGCAAAGAUCUCAUGUGGGGACCUCACAUUCUAUAGGCUCUAUGGCUUGGUGGUAACGCUUAUAAUUGAUGGGCUAGACCUUACGCUCAUCGCUCUGUCCUACUGUCUGAUCAUCAGGGCCGUUCUUAGAAUCUCUUCCAAGAAAGCCUACCAGAAAGCCCUCAACACCUGCUCCACCCACAUCUGUGUGAUGCUGAUGUCUUAUACUUCCUACAUCUUCUCCACUGUGGCACACCGGUUCGGUCAGGGAAUCGCUCCCCACGUUCAUGUCAUCUUGGCCAACAUCUAUGUCCUGGUCCCCCCCAUGCUCAACCCAAUCGUAUAUGGAGUCAAAACCAAAGAGCUUCGUGAAAAAAUGAGGAAAAACAUACUCAGAAGGUGA